AUAUCAUACGAGGAAAGUUGUUUCAAAAUGAACGCAUGUUUGAGGUCGAAUUUGCUCAGGGCCGCGAUAUACCACCAGACUAUCUAAUAAAAAUUGAGAAAAUUCUGCAGGGCUGGCUUGAUUCUUGCGACAAGACUUUGACUUAUGUUGAGAAUCAGGUUGAGGCUGCCAAUAAUGAAAAGGCAAAAUGUUUGCAAAACAAGCUUCGCGUUGAAAAAGAGAUUACAAAUAUGCGAAAGACUAUUAAAGCACAAAUAAUAGAACACGAUGAAGCUAUGUCGAUUGAGACGCACGAUAAUACAAGUUCAACCUCUCAGGACGCACGUCGUAAACCAUGUAGACCAAAAUCUAAUCGCACUGGUUCCGUGAAGUACCCAAAGUAAAUACGUUCAGUACAAUAUUUCGCUUUAUACAUUAUAGUUUUUCGCGUGCUUAUCAAAUGUCAACAUCAUCAAAACCAUACCAAAUAAGAAAAAAAAUACAAUAUAAUAAAAACAUAAAAUGAAAGAAAUUUUGCAGCUUAAACACGCGUCAACUGCAUUCAACAUUGAGUUUCAGCACUUGACUUUCAAUUAUAAAGCCAACAGCGGUAUUGUUCGUCCUUACAUCCUUGUGAAAAAUUCAGCUUCACUUAAUUUUUAAAAUUUGGUUUUUACUUUAUUUUCACAAUAUCAAAAUUUAAAUAAAAAUUCCUUUUAUCUUAAAAAAUUGCUUCUUAAUUUGCAUAUCAGUUGUCAGUGACGCUGUGACGCAGUGACGCAAUGAUGCAGUGCAGGGAAGUAAGAGUUGCACUUAUUUAAUAACAAAAAAAGAACUAAGUGAUGGCUUUGCAUAUCUUAGGGAGUGAAAUUUUUUUUGGAUUAAAUAUAGAUCGAAUUCUGUGUCUUUAAAAUUAAGAUUUCGGAAAGUUUUGUCUCAAACUAAUUGCACCAAAUUUCGAUGAAAAACGAAACUCCAUGUUUCGUAUUUAUAAUCUCUGGCAGCGUAUAAUUAA